CUCCGAGCCCCGGAGCCGUCCCGGGGCGGCGGGGCGAGGGCAGCAGGCGCCGUGAUUCGCCGCUUGGGGGGCGGUGGGCGCCCGAUCAUGCAUAUUCAUGAGCGUGAUGUCAGAGGGAGAGCACAGCGCGCGGUGACCGCUCGAGAGCGCCAUUUCCUGGAGGAGGCGGCGACGGCUGAGUAGGGACGGACAGACGGACGGACGGAGGGACGGACGGACGCGCCGAGUGGCGCCGCGGUGGCUGCGCGCCGGCAGGGGGAGAUCGCUCGGGGUGGCGACCGGACCGGAGCGGACCUGACCCGACCCCACUGACCCGCGCCGUCGCCCCGCGGCGGCUUCUACCGCGGCUCGUUUCGGCCGGAGCCGCAGCCAGAAGUUUGAGCUUCCCCGUAGCCCCCCGGAGAGCCCGGUGUCGGGCGGCGACGCGGGGCUUCCCCAGCCGCUGUCGCCGCCACCGCCGCCUGCAAGGGCGGUGGGAGCCCCCCGCGCCGCCGGGAGCAGGGGGGAGGAUGGUGGUGCGGGAGCGAUGGAGCUGAAGCGGAGCAUGGCGAUCCCGCGGCUCCUCGUGCUGGGACUCUGGGCUGCGGCGCUCCGGGACAUCGCUGCCGUGGCAGGUAUGAAAUUUACAGGACCUCCAAUCAAAUUAAAGGUGUCCCAGGGUCAACCCGUGAAACUAAAUUGCAGCCUCGAGGGAAUGGAAGAUCCCGAGAUGUUGUGGAUCAAGGACGGAGCAGUGGUGCAAAGCGUAGACCAGGUGUACAUUCCAGUAGAUGAAGAACACUGGAUCGGCUUCCUCAGCUUGAAAUCCGUCGAGAGGACAGAUUCUGGGAAGUACUGGUGCCAGGUUGAGAACGGGGGGAAGAAGGAAGAAUCACAGCAAGUGUGGCUCAUAGUGGAAGGUGUGCCCUACUUUACUGUGGAACCUGAGGAUGUGUCCGUGUCCCCUAAUGCCCCGUUUCAUAUGGCCUGUGCUGCUGUUGGUCCCCCUGAACCAGUGACAAUUGUCUGGUGGAUGGGAGACUCUAGAGUGGGGCUUCCAGACAUCUCCCCCUCCAUCUUAAAUGUGUCAGGUAUUAAUCAAAGCACAGUUUUCUCCUGCGAAGCUCACAACGUAAAGGGAUUGUCUUCAUCUCGGACAGCCACUGUUCAAAUUAAAGCCAUGCCUCUCCCGCCUCUCAAUGUAACUGUAAGCCAAGUCACCAGCAGCAAUGCCAGUGUGGUCUGGAUACCAGGAUUUGAUGGCCGUGCACCCCUCCAUUCUUGCACUCUUCAGGUAGCUGAGUCACCAGAUGGUGAGGAGGUCUCCACUGAAAUCACCCCAGUGCCACCCUUUGCCUACGGAGUGCAAGGCCUGAAGCAUUCUACCAACUACAGCGUUCGUGUGCAGUGCAGCAAUGAGAUGGGCAGCUCCCCUUUCACUGACAGGGUUUAUUUCCAGACCCUGGAGCUUGCUCCAAGCAGCACCCCUCAAAAUAUCCACGUUAUUCAAAGAGAUCCCGGUCUGAUUUUGGAGUGGGAAGGUGUGGCUCCAGAUGUGCUGAAAGAAAAUGUCCUAGGAUACAGACUGGAAUGGAUUCAGGAUAAUGUAACUCAGGGGGAGAUGAUUGUACAGGAUACAAAAGCUAAUCUCACAACGUGGAAUCCUCUCAAAGACCUGAUUAUCAGGGUGUGUGUGCUGAACUCUGCAGGAUGUGGGCCCUGGAGUGACCUCUUCCUUCUUGAAGCCCAAGAGGUCAUGGGUGGCCAGAGACAACCUCCUUAUGGGACAUCCUGGGUUCCUGUGGCAUUAGGCAUUCUCACAGCUCUGGUCACGGCUGUUGCCCUGGCUCUUAUUCUUCUUCGAAAAAGAAGAAAGGAAACUCGGUUUGGCCAUGCCUUUGGAAGUGUGGUUGGCAGAGGGGAUCCAGCAGUCCAUUUCAGAGCUGCCAGGUCUUUCAACAGGGAGGGCCCAGAGCUCAUUGAAGCAACACUGGAGAGUGUAGGGAUAAGUGAUGAGCUGAAGACAAAACUCAAAGAUGUCUUAAUCCAGGAACAGCAGUUCACCUUGGGAAGAAUGUUGGGCAAGGGGGAGUUUGGGUCAGUUCGAGAGGCACUACUGAAGCUAGAUGAUGGCUCUUUCCAGAAAGUUGCAGUGAAGAUGCUGAAAGCGGACAUCUUCACAUCGACUGACAUUGAGGAGUUCCUGCGAGAGGCUGCGUGUAUGAAGGAAUUUGACCACCCACACGUCACUAAACUGAUUGGAGUCAGUCUACGGAGCCGUCCCAAAGGCCGUCUCCCAAUUCCCAUGGUGAUCCUGCCCUUCAUGAAGCAUGGAGACCUCCAUGCUUUCCUGCUGAUGUCACGGAUUGGGGAAAACCCUUUUAACUUGCCUGUUCAGACGCUCCUCAAGUUCAUGAUUGACAUUGCCAGUGGGAUGGAGUACUUGAGCUCAAAAAAUUUCAUACACAGGGAUCUCGCAGCUCGGAACUGCAUGUUGGAUGAGAACAUGAAUGUGAGUGUCGCAGACUUUGGACUUUCUAAGAAAAUCUACAGUGGAGACUACUACCGUCAGGGCUGUGCCUCCAAGCUGCCAGUGAAGUGGCUUGCUCUGGAAAGUCUGGCAGAUAAUCUGUACACAACGCACAGCGAUGUGUGGGCAUUCGGGGUGACCAUGUGGGAGAUUGUGACCAGAGGGCAAACCCCUUAUGCUGGCAUUGAGAAUGCAGAAAUCUACAACUACCUCAUCAGUGGGAACAGGCUGAAACAGCCGCCGGAGUGCCUGGAAGAUGUCUACGAUCUCAUGUGUAGAUGUUGGCAUCCUGAGCCCAAACUACGCCCUAGCUUUGGAGUGCUUCGGUCCCAGCUGGAAAUGAUUCGCGGGAGGAUGUCCACACUCUCUUCCAGUCUAGAUCCUCUCUAUGUCAACAUUGGGAAGGACGAAGAGGCAUCUGCAAGUGACCCUGCCCUGCACACCUCCUUUGGAAAUAUGGAUGCUGAAGAGACUGUUGCUGGGGCAGCUGCUGCUGUCACAAGUGACUAUCGCUACAUCAUGACCCCCUUGUGCCUUGGAGAUGAUGCUGAGGGUGAAAGGCAUCCAGAUGGGCAGGAAGGGGAGGACAAAAGCCUGCUGUAUGAGCUAGAGACAGGAGGAGGGAAAAGUUGUUAGCCUGUACAUAGCAGUGACAUUCUACUUUCCUGGGACUGGUUUUGUGCAGCACGAUGCCAUGUCGCCUGGGGCUCUGAUGCUGGAUCUGGAACGGCUUUGAACAGAACUGGCCAGAGCUCUUGGGCAGCUUUUGUAGCUUUCACCACCUAUGUGGGCUGCAGUGGCAAACGGCUUGGAAGAACCGCAACCCCAACAACCCCUUGGAUUUGGGGGAGAGGGGCAGUAGAGUUACAGAUUGACCACAUCCUGCUGAAGGGAGUUCAGAGCGAAGGUGGCAGUCAGAGUCUGUGCUCUGCUCCUUCGCACUGAAUGUUGGAGCAGAACUGAAUACACCUUCUGUUCAGUCAGUGCUUGCUCUUGUGUAGAUGGUGUCUUCAAUCCUGGCUGCAUGACUUCGGGACUGAUACCUCUGAAAACACUAGUGGGUAUUUACACUGUCAUUCAGGACAAGAGGGCAAGAUUCCCCUCGUGUUCACUCAGCAGUACUGCCUAGACUUGUUGCCUACCUCAGUGGUUCUCAAACUGAUCAGCAUAUCUGCUUCUACCCAGCACUGAAUUUGAACAUCUGGCUUAUUUUAUGCAGUGACAUUUGCCGCUUCCUCGAUCCAGGGCUGUUUUAGGAGUUUCAGAUGUUUUGGCUAGCAAGGAAAUUAGAAAAAAAAAAUGAAAAUCCAGCAUUCCUCUUCAUCCCAUGUACCUUUUUUAUGUCUUUCUUUUUCUUCCGUUUGAUGCCAGUUCAGGCCUGACUAGACUUGCAGCUCACGUUAAAAUGCAAAGGGAGGGAGAGCAGCUGGCAUAUGUGAGGACAGAAUCCAACUUCAAAGGAAUGGAAAGGAAACAGUGUAGAGAGGACUUAACAGCAGUAUGGAGAAACACUGCCAAUUAAUGGUAAGUGCUGCCCUCCAGGAGAGGAAGGAGACAGCUGAGAUACAGAAUGGCAGACUUGCUUCAGUUUCAGCAGGAACAGGUUCCAGCAUUUGCUUCAAAAUCAGAUUCGUUUAAUCAUUCUCUGUAUUAGUCCUAUGACUUCUUCAAAUAACCAAGUACUGUAGCUGCUAUAGUGACGGUGUGAAAUCAGCUUUGAGAAGAUGUGUGAGUUGGGGGAAGAGAUGAACUGGGAGAUCUCUGAAGAGAGAGGCCUCAUGAUGAAAAAGCUUGAGAACCACUGGCCUUCCUAUUUAGGAGGUUUUCUGGUAUGCUGUAAAAGUCACAUAAAACAUAGACUAGUAUCACUGCAGCCUUCCAGUCGGGGCAAAAUUAAUGGUUUUGCUCUUUGGGUUUCGUUUUGUUUUCCAAUCAGCAUGUCUGACUCACUGUAACUGCAAAUGCUUGUGUGGUUUUUAAUAAUUUAAUAUUUUACUGUAAAUCAGCCUUUGUUUUGUGCAGCAAGGAAGUGCAGUUACAUCUUGCUCUACUUAUCCUAAAUAUUUGCUAGAUCUUAAUUUCUUUUAUUUUCACUGCGCUGAAAACUCAGCAGUAUCACAAGACUUAGGAUUCCACAUUGCACUUCCUCAGAUAUGAAUACCACAAACAUCAGCAUUUGCUGAGUUGGCAAAGGUGGGACCAAUAAGUCCAAAGAGAUUGCACAUUUGAUAUCAGAACACUCAAUCCUUUGAUGCCCAGUAUUUGCCUGUUGUAAGUUUGGGAUCUAACUACGAAAUUCAGGUCCAGUUUCAGCCCUUAGUGAGAACUCUUCCUAGGGAAGGGGAAUUUCAGCCUGCUACCUGGGCAUGGUAAAGUUUCUGUAAAGUUUGCUACUGAACAGAGAUGUCCUACAGGUGUCUCUAAAAGUUCAGUAUGGUCUCUCAGUCACAGAUACAAACUGCACCAUCUUACACCCCAGGCAGUAUAGGGUUUUCUCUUCAUUUGGCUGGAAUGCUGUAAAUGCAGGUAAGAACACCUAACAAAGGGUAACAAACACCUGUGCAGUGCAUGUUUGCAGUGAGGGCAGAAGACUAAGCUCCCUGCAACUGCCUGGGAAGCGCAGAUGUACAUAUAGACUCUAACUCUGGGAAGCAUGUCUUUAGUUUUUAUGCAUUUUUUAAUAAUAAAACAUGUAUUGUGUUUGAGUCCCA